AAGCUCGCGUCAGAGAUGGACACUAGUAAAGAGAAAAUAGGUCCCAUUUUACAGUUCUUCUUUGAUAAAGGUGAAAACGCAUGCCAGGCGGCUGAAAAUGUGAAUAGUGUUUAUGGUCCUGAUACUGUAAUAGCUCCAAUAAUUAAGAACGUCAAAUAUGCACCAAAAUGAAAACCAAUUAACGAAAAUGUCAACAAAAUCAUGAAAAUUGCCGAGUGCGUGUAUAUAAGCACUGUUUCGAUUGCCCAAGAGCUAAGGUUUGCACAAAAAUCCUUAGAUGCUGGAUACAAAAAGAAGCCUAAUGUAUGAGUGCCACACAAGUUAGCGCAAAAAAAUCUCAUGGGCCAAAUUACCAUCUGCGAACCGCUGCUGCAUUGCAACAAAACCGACCCAUAAUUGUAGCAGUUGGUGACUGGUGAUAAAAAGUAGAUCCCUUACGACAACCGUCAAGCGAAAACAUUUGUGGUCGAAUCGCGAUAA